GAGCCGCCACUUCAGGAAGCUCUCAGUCACUCGCCCGUGCCACCAGAAACCUCUGAGAAACAUUUGGCUGACUCGACAUUGUGCUGGAUGGCAUCUGUUUUCUGCAAGCAGAGGGGAGAUCAGCAGGUGGAGGGAAUAAAGAUCUGAUCCCUGCACUCUGUGGAUUCCUUUAAAAAACAAAAGAGAAGCAUUUUUGCUUUGACCGACAGAUUAUUUUAGAUUUUUCUCUCAAGCUUGACCUUUUGCAGAAGAAGACUAAGCUGGACUACAACUCUGAAGACGAGUCAACCUCUGAGGAGACUAUGAACGUGCUGUCAAACCCAGUGAUUAGGGCCCAGGAGCAGUCUCGACCUCUCUGUGGCCCCGGGACUGUCCAGGACUUACCCCACUGCCCUCCAGGGUUCCACCUGAGCUCGCGCCUCCACCCCGCGCCAUUGCUCGGCCUCCAGAGCAGCCCGAGAUCGACCAAACCUCAGAGGGAGCUGAGCCCUGAGGAGCAGCAGGAGCUCAGGAGGAAGAUCAACAGCAGGGAGAGGAAGCGGAUGCAGGACUUGAACAUUGCCAUGGAUGCCCUGAGGGAGGUCAUGGUGCCUUACGCCUCGUCCCCUUCUCCUGCCUCCUCCUCUCAGUCCCACCACCCUGGAGCUCCUCCGGGCCGCAGGCUCUCCAAGAUCUCCACUCUGGUCCUGGCCAGGAACUACAUCCUCCUCCUGGGUUCGUCUCUGCAGGAGAUGCGGCGGCUGCUGGGAGAGGUGAGCAUCGGGAUGGGAGUAAAUCCGGGGCCGGUCCCCCGGCUGCUGCUCACCGGUGGGUGGCCCCUCAUCUCCAGCCCCAGUCAGCUCCUCCUCACCCAGGAAUCCCUCCUCACCUCAGCAGCCGCCUCGUCCUCCUCCCCUUCCUCCUCCACUUCAUCUUCUGCUGCAGCUAAAUGUCGCCUGCUGUCUCCGGGCCCCAUGGAAGCCUCACUGGCCCCGGUGCACUGGAGCUCUACAGGUGCCUCCGGGGGGCCCCUGUGCCCCUGUGGAGUCUGCAGACUGCCCAGAUUCAGCCACUCCACUGCCGUUCCCAGAUUCCCAAAGUGACACCUUGAAGUUGGGGAGGAUACAUGGAAGAAUGGACUCGAUGACUGUUACAUGUAUGCAACAUUUUUUUUAUAUGAAGUUAUUUUUCUAACAUUUUUAACAUGUUUUUAAUAUUUUACUACACAAUAUACUCACAAUGAUCCAUUUAAAUUUUAUGCAACUAUUCUGUAUUUGGUAAGGCUGGCUCUUUGAAUCUCCUGAUGUCCUGGUUGUUUCCUUGUUGCACAUUUAUUAUGCCACAAACAGAGAAAUUAUGAACUACGUAUGUGAGUUUGUUCGUAUUAAAUGUAAACUGAAAUGAACGUGUGUGUGCCCGCUACAUAUGACUGAAGUGAAUGUUGGUGAUGAAUU